CCAGAAGCGAGAGCUAGACUUGGAGGGAAUUGAGCGGAGUUUAAAUGUGGCUGUUCUUGAAUUAAAGGAAACCAGCUCCUCACCCUCUUCCUCAACCCCUCCCACAUUAUAUAACAGAAGGAUCAGAGCUGCUCGACAAACACUCGCACCUAGCAAAUAGCUACAUGCAACCACGUGGAGAGCUCCAAUCCACCGACGACAUACCGUACUGAUCGCUCUCUGUUCGCAAAUAUACCAUCUCUCGAAGUGAUCAGAACCUGAGCAGCGGCGGCGGCGGCGGCGGCAGUGACGAUGAGCAGGAACAGCGGCAAGGCGUCGAAGCUGGAGUUCCUCAGGCUGGGCCUGUCGAGGGCGAGGGGCGGGCCGUCGACGACGACGACUGCGCGGCCGGGCGGCGACAGCAGCAACGGGAGCACGACGUCGCCGCGCCGGGUUUCGUCCUCCUCAUCGUCCACCGCAUCGCCGCCGAGCUCGUGCGUGUCGUCGGAGGGCAGCCCGGAAGCAGCUGCUGCGCCGGGCGGCGGCGCGGCGCCCAUGGUCCUGGCCGGGUGCCCCCGGUGCAUGAUGUAUGUGAUGCUGUCCCGGGAGGACCCCAGGUGCCCCAGGUGCCAUAGCGCCGUACUGCUCGACUUCAACGACGGCGACCAGCGCCGCCCGCGGCAUCGUCGGUGAAGCCACACGUGAUCGAGCUGAUCAAUCGAAUAGGCUGCUGAGCUGAGUUCUUGCCUUCAAGCUUGUCGUCGUCGUCGUAGCUUUACCAUUUGUGAUCGACUUUGUUUGGAUUACCAUAGGAAUUAUUGCAUAGACCUGUUUCUUACGCGUGGUGCGCUGUCAAAGGGAUCGGUCUAGGUAAUAAUUUCGUGUUUUAUUAUGUCCUGUGCAAGUGUUCUGUUGAGAAUUAUUGCAUCAAGUCUGUUCUGCUGAUGAACAUUUUUAAUUGAAGUUAUGCUCUUGUCA